AUGGUGUUCCAUUGCCAUAUACAGGCGUCUGAAUCAUUUGGGGAAAGUCACUUUCAUUUUUGCCUCAACAGACUAAAUGGAAAUAGUUCAUGUUCUUUAAGUACCUUGAUGCAGACAGUCCAAUCCCAGAACAAUCCCAAAGCCAGCAGGGACAAGAUGCUCAGAAGGAACGCGAGGUACUUCCGCAUGUUGGUCCUGACGGGCGCCACCUUCUGCGUCCUCAUGUGGGUCGAGGUGAGUCAGCGAGGAUCAGUGAGGAUCAGUGAGGUUGUUGUUUCUACGGAACCAUGGGAUGGAGGCGUGAGGCACCGCCCAGUCGCCCUCCAAGUGCAGAGCCGAGAGGAGCCGAGCGCAGGUCUUCGCCCCACCAUCAGUCAGGAGACACUGGCGGAGGCGAAGGCAGCCAACGACACGGAGGCUGAGCUGGAGGUGCCGGCGGCCGAAACGGAAUCGAGUUGUCAGCACGAGCUCCUCACCAGCCUCGACACGUUUUACGAGUUCAUUCACAAGAUUGACAUCAAGUGCACAAACCUCAUGCAGAUGGCGGGACCCACAGACCACACGCUGUUGGAGGGCCGUCGCGUGUGCACCGACAGCGAGUACAUCACGAGAGACCACUGCCUCGUGUACCUCUUCGGUCUCGGCGGUGACUGGUCCUUCGCCGAGGAGGUCGAGAGAAAGCUGGGCUGCAAGGUCUUCGUGUUCGACCCUUCCAUGGAGCAAGGGAGCAGAAACCUCUCCUCCAACAUCGCCUUCUACAAGAUGAGUGUGUCUUCGGAUUUCGGCGUCUCAGGGGACCCGCCCAAGAAAGACCAGCUCUUAAGGAUCAUGGAGAUGUUAGGUCACGAGGAAUCGACCAUUGACCUGUUGUGGGUCGACAUGCCGGCCGGAGAAGAAUUGUUCCUGCUCGAUGACCUGUUCUCUUCGUCUCAGCAGAUCAUCGGAAACAUUAAGCAGAUCGGGAUAGAUAUUUAUCCGAUGAACGAGGGCUUGACAGAGAGGAUACGCAAGUAUUGGUAUUACUUCCAACAGCUGACCUGCCAUGACCUCCGCCUGGUGACCCGACAACCCAACAUCGAGUACGAAAACCUCUUUAAAUUGAACAACAAGACGAGGUCCACGAUUUAUGAACUGUUGUGGGCCAGAGAAAUUUAAAAUGUUUUUUUCUUUCUUUCUUUUCUUUUUCUUCUCUUCUUUUUUCUUUUUCUUGUUCU